UGGUUUUCGAAAAUAAAAAUUCGAUAUAUUUGCUGCAUUUCUUCCGAACAUUUGGCAAAUUCAUCCUUCAAUGAUGCAGCCUCUUAUUUGCUACGCGUUUCUGUUAGCGUUUGCCGGUUUUAUCUACGGUCAGCACAAUUUUGAUAAUGUGGAGCUAGGAACGGAGAUGGUAUGGUGCGCCUCAAGUGAGGUAGAGAUGUACAAGUGUCGUAACUUCACAGUUGCACUAGAGCGAGACCAGGCACUGUUUGACAAUUACUUCCUAAAUGUAUCUUGUUACUUUGGUUUUGACCAGGACGAAUGUAUGCGACUUAUAGAUGAGGGCAAAGCACAUGCAAUGAUGCUAGAUGCCGGAGAAGUCUAUACUGCCGGUCGACACCAUUCGCUGGUUCCCAUUAUGCAAGAAGGGUAUGACGGAGGAUUUACGCAAUAUCAUGCAGUCGCAGUUAUUAAAAAAGACAGUCUGAGAGAUGUUACUAACUUGAGACACCUAAAGGGAAAGAAAGCUUGCUUCGCCUGGGUUGGAAGUUACGCAGGCUGGAUUGUUCCCAUUUAUACGUUGCAACGUGAGGGGGGUAUGGACAUAACAGAUUGUAACAAUCAUGUUAAAACGGCUACUGACUAUUUUGGCCCGUCUUGCGCUGUUAACGCUUUAGUAGACAAGUACAAUCCAAUUGGAGACAAUUCGGACAAAUUGUGUUCGCUUUGUACAGGAAAGGUUCCGGGCGGAAAGUGUACACCAUCUGACCCUUACGCAGGCUUUGAGGGAGCUUUCCGUUGCUUGCUGGAAGCGGGAGAUAUUGCUUUCCUAAAACAUACCACCGUAAAUGAGAUGGUAGAAAGUGAUUUAAUUCAUGGUGUCACCGCCGACCAAUUUGAGCUGCUCUGUAAGGAUGGAACGAGGCAACCGGUAUCCGAAUAUAGGCAAUGUCAUUGGGGAAUGGCUCAAUCCCAUGCUUUAGUUGUGUCUUCUGCAAGAACAACUGCAGAACGACGUCGAUACAAGAAAUUUUUCACUCAAGCAGUUAAUUUGUAUUCAACGAAGUCGAAACGUUCGAAUAGCACUCUGAACUCAGCGGAUGAUCGCCAGCGCAAUCAAAAUGAUCGUUUCAACUCCAACAACCGAUAUGAUAGCGGACGUUCCGAUGAUCGCUUCAAUCGCUUCACAACAACCACAACAGAACGUUACAGUUAUGGUGUUUACAACGAUGAUCGCAACUUUAGUGAUCAAAAUGAAACACAAUUUUACGAAAAAUUUAACUUGUUCGAGUCUAGACGAUAUGGCAAACAGCUUAAUCUUAUGUUCCAAGAUACGGCUCGCUAUCUUGCGCCUAUCGAGGAAAACAAUCAAAAUUUCCAAUAUUAUUUAGGAACUGGUCUAGAUUACAUCUACGGUGUCCGAUCGUGUCCCGUCAGUCGAAUGACUUUGUGUGUAACUUCUGAACCAGAGAUGGAAAAAUGUAUAAAGAUGAGAACUGCGUUGAAAGCACAGCUCAUAAAACCGGAAAUGUUGUGCUUUAAGGCUCAUUCUCAUAUAGACUGCAUGCGUCAUGUAAACUCAGGGCAAGCCGAUGUAGUCGUCCUGGAUGCCAGUGAUGUCUAUACCGGUGGUCUAAAGUAUGAUUUGCUCCCCUUCAUGUCUGAAGUGUACGAUCUCGGGCAACCCGAAUACUACGUCGUAGCCGUUGCAAAGGAAGAAGAUCCCGAUACUGAACUGACGUACUUGAAGAACAAGUACACAUGUCACUCGGGAAUCAAUACUGCCGCCGGGUGGAUAUACCCAAUGGCAUACCUGAUUUCGAACGGAUGGAUUCGUCCAUACGGCUGUGACAGUAUUCGUGCAGCAGCCGAGUAUUUCACCAAAUCAUGCGUUCCGGGAGCAAUAAGUAAUGAAUACAAUACAGGAGUGCCUUAUGAUAACUUGUGUGACUUGUGUCAUGGAAGUAGUUUCCGUUACUGUCGACGAGAUGCUUCCGAAGAUUAUUACGGUAAUACCGGUGCCUUCCGUUGUCUGGUGGAAGGAGGAGGCCACGUAGCGUUUGUGCGGCAUACAACUGUCGUUGAAAACACCGGAGGAAAGAAACGCGAGUGGUGGGCCAGAAAUACGCUUCCAGAUGACUUUGAGCUGCUCUGCCCUGACGGUACCCGUGCAGAGGUGAACGAGUAUAGAAAGUGUAAUUUGGGAAAAGUAAAAGCAAACGCUAUCGUGACCAGAGGUGGUCACAACUAUAACGCUACUCAACUGAAUGCCUUCAUCAAUCUUUUAACCUACGCUCAGCAAUUUUACGGCCGAAGGGAUGCUGAUGAAUUUAGCUUCAGCUUGUUCUACUCAAAUCCCCCAUAUCAUGAUCUGAUCUUUUCGGAUUCCACGAGAGAGCUGCGUCUUAUACCCGGUGAUAAACGUUGGUUUGAUGCCUAUCUUGGUGCAGACUUCUUGCGGGCUCGCCGUAUCACCGAUUGCCAUGCAGGUGCGAGUUCUUUAAAGUUCAACGCAUUGAAUGUGGUUUUACUAGCACUAGUAUUAGUUUUCAAAAUAAUCGUGUAGAUAGUUUACGAUGUAGUAAUUGUUAAGUAUUAAUCGAUAUUCCGUCCGUAGGAUUAAUAUGUACAAACUCGAAUAACACCAUCCGUCCUAGUUUUAUAAAAUUUACUAAACCAUUAAACUUUCGCAUGUUGUAUUUUUGAAGUCUGUUGAAGAUUGCGCUAAAACAUGUUCUCCAAAUUGUUAUCUGCAGCAAACAAGUGAACCAUCCAAACUUUUAGAGACGUAACGACAAGAUAUACUCGGGCCACAGUAGAGUUACAGUUUUAUUAGGUAUAGGUACAAUUUGAAAAUUUAUGUAGCAAUAAAAUAUAAUGUUCAGAAUCUAGUGCCGUAAGUGAAAGAAAUUCAUAUAUUAUUUGACAGGCGACAGGAGUUAAG